UUUCUCAUACUUUUCAAAUUUGAAUUAAAGUUUAUUAAUAAAUAAAACAAAAAGGAGAAUUUAAAUUUAAUUCUAAUAUAUUGAAAUAUUAAAUACGAUUAAAACCCGAUUGAUACUUUCACAUUUGAGGAAACAAAAUGUUAUCUUCACGUGUCGUCUUUCUGGGUUUAAUUCUAAGCAUUCAAAAACUACAAAUUCAAGGUGAAAAAAUCCCAGUUCAAAUAAAUAGUAAUGCUAAAAAUAGUUUAAAUGAUUUUACAACACAACUUAAAGACACUUUACAAUCAAUUAAAUCGAAUGAUGCUGAACUUCUUUAUGAAAAACCAGAAGAUUUUGAUGAUACCGACGAUGAUAUAGAACCACUUGUCUCAGAUGUUGAUUUCGACAAUUUUAAUAAUGCUUUAAUUGUUAAAUUCAAUAAAAACUUUCUUAACUAUCAUGAUCCAUUAGAAGACAACAAUAGCUAUAAAGAUGAUAAAACAUUAGAAUCUAAUUUUUUAAGACUUACACGAAGCGGAAAUAAUAAUCUAAUGCGAUUCGGAAAACGUCAACUUGAAACUUCUAAAGAUCAACGACCAAUGGAUUCUUCUAAAUCUAGCUCAAGGUACAGUAGAAGUAGUAGUACAUCUAGAGAUUCAAGAGGUGAUAAUUUUAUGCGCUUUGGUCGUUCAAAUAAUAAUAACUUAAUGCGAUUUGGUAGAGCAACAACCAAUAAUAUGAUGCGAUUUGGUCGUUCUAAUAACAAUUUAAUGCGAUUUGGUAGAUCAAAUUCCAAUUUAAUGCGUUUUGGAAGAUCUAAUUCAAAUUUAAUGCGAUUUGGCAGAUCUAAUUCAAAUUUAAUGCGUUUUGGGCGAACUGAUCCAACAAGUCGAACUGAUAGUUUUAUACGUUUCGGACGUAAUUCAAAUAAUUUAAUGCGAUUUGGUCGUAAUGAUCCAGGUCGUAUGGAUGGUUUUAUACGUUUUGGACGUAAUGCAAAUAAUUUAAUGAGAUUUGGACGAAAUGAUAGAAAUUUUAUGCGUUUUGGUAAAUUAGACCAAAAUUUUAUGAGAUUUGGAAAACGUGAUGAAAUUUUUAGUGGAAGUCACUUAGAUUCUGACAUAAAUAAUAAUAAAACUAAUGAUAAUGAUAAUUUUGAAAAUAAUAUUGGCACAGGUUUUUAUAAUUUAAAUGAGGAACCUGAUGAUAUUAAUGAUGUACAAUUAGAUGAUUAA